UUUGAUGAUUAUGUGAGUAAAUGUGUGAAUCUCCCUCAGCCACUUGGUGUCCCUCGGUAUCCGCGCUGCUCGUCGCCGACUUGUCACACUGUCGUGUUAAGCAGCUCGCUUGCGUUCAUUGUACCACACGGACUCACAGCCCACCACUCCGACCCCCUAUAGAAGGGGAUCUCUCGCAUGCGCAGUGCCGCCCCCUAACUUGCACACAGAGCCGGCUACACAGAGGAGCGGCCGGAACUUCGGGAAACAGCGCCCGGCUUUGAGUGACAGAGCAGCCAGUGCCGACUGCUUGGAGCGGACCUUGUUGUUCCGCGAGACUCUUUGCUACAUUCCUGCACUAGGCGGGGGCCCGGGAGCUUUCCGCUAAGCGCUCCAUCUAUUGAAAGCGAGGCACAGUACAAAGCCCAGUGGGACUCCCGUGUAGACAGUCUGUCACUUUGUGCCGCCACCGCCACACGCAGCAACGCGCAGAGUUUAUACCAUUUACUUUGUGUUUGUGAGCGGGGUUGUACUUCUGAGGGCUGAGGCUACACACCUAGCAACAUAUUCUCCGAGCUGCAGCUUUGCUCCUUCCUCUGACCCCCAGCCCUAGAGGAGAAGAGGGCAUCAGAAGCUUUGAGGGUAUUUCAGUAGCUUUACACCACUCAAAUGCACAUUGAGUCAAGCAAUUCUAUGUGGUGACCAGCUGCUUCCUAUUAAGUUUGGAAAUUAACCUUGGUGAUUUAUAAGAAAAUUCCCAGGUCUCUGGAUCCACAGUAUUGCUUCUUCUCUUCUGGAUAUGGAUCUCCUGCCCCGUCCUGAGCCAAAUCCUUCUGGGUAGAUGAGUUCCAGGAAUCCUCUUAUCAUCAAGCCGACUGCACAUCUUUCACUGCCUACAGAUCAGCCCACCUGGGAGAGAUGACAGCCGCAGCUGCCCAAAAGUGCCUGAAGAACGAUAAGGUUGAUGAGGCCCAGGCUUUGGCGCGAAGCUGUGCUGGAAGACCAGAUUUUAAGCCCUGUGAUGGUCUCUCCAUCUGUGCCACCCACAGCCAUGGGAAGUGCUUCAGACUCCACUGGUGCUGCCAUCUGGGCUGGUGCCACUGCAAAUAUGUGUACCAGCCCAUGACUCCUGUGGAGCAGCUUCCAAGCACAGAAAUUCCAGCUGAGCCCCAGGACCAGACAAACACCAUCCAAAUCUCUGUCUCGCUGGCCGAGCACUUCCUUAAAGUAGCCCCUUCUUUUCAACCCCCAUACAUCCCAGAAUCUCCUCGGUAUUGCACCAUCUCUGACCUAUUUCUGGAUAAUUAUCAGGUAAAAUGUAUCAAUGGGAAAAUGUGCUAUGUCCAGCGCCAACCUCUACCACCUCCUCCACCAACUUCUCAUGGGGCAAGGCCUGAGAGAGAGCACCAACAAGAGGCCUACCAACCCAGUGAAGCACAGGGCCCUAAAUUAGAUCAUUGCUCUUCCCCAUCAAACUCAGAAGACUCUGGAAUCAAUGCAGUGGGAGUCCCCUUCUUAGAAUCAUGUGAUGAUGACACAGAAGAAGGUGCGGAACUCAGUUCAGAGGAGGACUGCAGUCCGGACAGUUGCUGGGGGCAGGAAAAUAGUCCAUUGGUGGUAUCUCCAUCAAAGACAGACUUGGAAGUUAUAGAGACUAUAGAAACCACAGUUUAAAUAACAGGCUGCUGGUGGAAAGAGGUUAAAGUCAUAUGUGUGCAUACUGUACAUGAGCAGGAUGCAAAGCAAUACAAUCAACAAAAUAUUGCACAUCUGAUGAUUACCUAUAUCCUUAGAGUAUUAUGUAUGGCUACAUACUGUAUAGGAAGGUGAACUAGUCAAGAACAAUUCCCAAGUUUAAUCAGUAUUUUUGCUUAUUAAAGGCUUUAUAGUUUUUACAAGCAAACUAUACCCAAAUUGUUAGGUUGUUACAAAUAUAUAUUUCCAUCCAAAUUCCAAAUUUUUGAUGUGUGCCUUGGCAAUCAUGCGUUGGGGUUUUUUUUUCCCGGAAAAGGAAAUAGAAUAGUAAAUAGUUAUUUAUCCCUGUUUAGUAUAGGGAUUUCUAUCAUUUUUUAAAAUUAACCAUGCUCUUAGUCUAAAUUAAAAGGAAAUAAGGCCAUUUUCUUGAUAGCAUUUUUCUCCCAUGUUAUGACCAUUUCUACUAUAAAUGCUGUAAUUAUGCUGAAUUAUAAGCUGCUGAAACUGCUAAUAAGGAAGUGUUCUUUAGGGGCUAUUCACUAAUAUGUUGACUAUCCUUAUUGAGAUAGGCUUGCUGAGAUUCUCCUAGCAAUAGCCAAUCACUUACAAGAUAUACUUGCCCAUAGCACAAAAGAUUUAGGAAACAUUACUAUUAUUAUUUUUAAAAAACCUAAGUUGUGAAUUUCUAAUACAUGAAUAUUAUUUUUUUUUAUUGCAGUUCUUUUUAUAAUUGUGAAUUUAUUCAUUUCUCCACCUGCUCUAAUUGGCUGAUUCCAGCACAAGAAGGCAAAUGUAACUGCCACAUGUGCCACAGCAUGAUUUGUUGGCAUCAGAUAAAAAUGUUAGGUUGAAGAAGCACAUUAAUAACCCAUUUACACCUUUAAUAAUAAAUCAUAUUUGUAAAAAAGAAUUAUCAGGCAUCCACCACAGUUUGGGUAUCAAUGACAUUUUAUAUUUAUAUAUCAAUGACAAUCCCUUCUAACAUCAGAAAGAUGGCCAAAGAAAUGUUUUAUUCAUUUUGGCUUACAGCAUAAUUAUCAUUUUAACUGUACAGUGUACCACCUAUAUUUCAUUAUUUUAUGUUCUAGCUAUAGGAAUGUCUUGUUAUAAUAUGACUGUUUCUGUGCCUUGAAUACAAAAUGCUACGUAAUUUAAGAAAUAUCAAGGCGACAGUUGUAAGACUGUAAUGUGUACAGUGGCAUACAGGGUUCUGAUUGCUGAGACAGGGCAUAAGUGCCAUGCGUUAACAAGGAAGGUGAGUGUAACCUUAAUAUGUAAAAAUGCAUAUACAAUGAUUUAUAUCACUCUCCUGUUGUGUAGCAGACAGUGUAACAUGGAAGUAACCAGACCUAACUUGGCCCUUAUCAUUUGCUGUAGCAUUCUAAGCCUCUGGGAAUAAAAUGGAUUUGUACACAUUCUGCCAUUUAAUGCAAGCCCAUAGAACAGCCACAUGAUAGUGUCUAGUAUGUGCUAAGGGGCAAGCAGGCAAUUUUUAAAUCUGUCUUCAAAGAACAAAUUAUUAAUUUUCUUGUGUUUUUCCUCCAUAGAUAUUAGUCAUUCCCAUUCAGUGUGAUCAGCUGCAUCAAAUAGUUUCAGAAGAAUCUCCUGUUUAUACUGGAAGUUAAUUUGCUAAACAUAUCCUGUCUUAAGUGCCACAGUGCUGGUAAUUGCUUCUAUGUACUAAUUAUGUGUGCUUUAUUGAUCACAUUAAUAUAAUCAUAGAGACAAACAGGGAAAGGACAUUAUCUCAUGUUUAAUUAUACUCUGGUUUGAGUAAUCUUCCAGUUUGGCUUCACUUCUUAUCCAUUAGCAAGUUCAAACCAUGAAUGUCUAGCCCUGAGAUAUAAAGUAAAGCUUAAGGUGAUAAAGGUGGCAAACAUAACAGUUUAUGUGCACGAACAGCACUUAUAUAAAGGCUUAUUAUACAAUCACUAGCAGUCUCAUUUGUUUUACAGUUUUUUAAGGGCUUCAUUUAGUCAUAUAGGGACAGCAUCUUAAAGGGGAAUUCCUACUUUAUGUUUAGUGAAAUACAGUAAAUGAUACUGCAGUUUCCUUUAAAUCCCUAAAAUGGUGUACAAAUGUGGUGCAUUUCAGUGAAAUGUUAAUAAGUUAAAAUAGUGUUGCUUUUAAAGAAAUUUGAAAGAAUAUGCAGAACAUAUUUGCUUGUAGACAAAUCUCACUGUAGUUUUCCAGUAUUGCUUUGCAGAUGCUGUUUUUGAUUGGAUGGUGAGAGGUUUUGCUUUUCUCUCUGCCUGAGGUUUUUCCAUUGCAUAGUGGACUAAAGGCCCAUGACCAAAAAUUGAAGACAUCAACUGGCUUGAGGGCACCAGUGAGAUUUUGAUCCAGUUCUGGUUCUGACAAGCUAUUUUUGUCUGUUUACCAUUAUGAAGAAGGUCUUAACAACCCUUGGCGACCUGUGUUUAGGAUGUGAAGAGAGAAAAUUGCUUCUCUGAGCCUGUUGAAAUUUCAACAGAUAUAUCUGUUAAUACUUCAGUGUAUUUUGUUUUGGGUUACUUUAUCUGGGUGAAACUUCAAUAUUUGAUCAGUAGCAUUUUAUAGGGCAAGACACUCAGGUGUCAGUGUUUAGAUUCGUUUAUGAACCAAGCAGUCUGGUUCUUCCUAACCACAGUCUCUAUACAUUGGGCAAGUCCAGCUAGUCAUUCUCCUUAUUAAGUGUUGGUCUGUUAGUAACAUUGCCAGACAGUGUGAUUUCCUAAUUUUUAGCAGGCAACCACAAUACACUUUCUGCACAUCUGCAGUCAUGUGGGCAUUCGUCUGAAGCCUUGUCUUGGGCCUCCUACAAAUAGGGAAUGAAGAUAUUUAAUUUAAUAUGGAAGUGAGUUAAGAUUUUAAAUGGCCACUAUUGACUGAGUUUGCAACCUAUUGGCACAUGUGUAGUAACAUUUUCCAACAUUGUGGGGAUAUAUAGUGUGUACCGUUUUGGCAGUUCGAACAAUGUGUGGCAUUGAGCAUAAUCAGGGGCUUCCAAAGUGUUGCCCUUCAUCCCCUCUGCCUGGCUGCAAUAGCUGGAGGGUGAAAUCUAAUAGAGCUAGACUUAAAUGCAUUGCUGAGUGACAAUUCACUUCACACUGUAUGGCUGCACAUCUUACUGGCACUUGAACAAGUGAUCCUGACACCUGCACAAUAUGGGGAGAGCGGCUCCCAGCUGCCUCCUUCUCUCGGCAAUUACUGAAUGAAGGAGCACAGAGCAAGUCAAUUAUGAUGCAAUUAAGUUAUAGUGACCUUUAAAAGCGACAAUCUUCAAAGGGAAAUAGAUAACCACAGGGGUCGAAUUGGAACUUACUUGAGAGCUGGAGACAGAAAACCUUUAGAACAAGUUGUAGCAAUUCUAGAGGACUUUGUGCUUUCUUGGCUGUGAACAAAUCGGAGGGCUGAGCUCCUGCAGAGAGGUAUUAAUAUUUAACAAUAUUAGCCAGCCACUGAAACAUGUUUGUUUAGGAACUCAGGUGGAGUCUCCAUGGGCAUCUUUGCUAAAGGAGAAUGAGGUGAUUUUUGUCUUGCUGCUCAACUGCUUUUAUGGUAGUGGACUAUUUAGUUAAAUACAUUGAAAUAAUCUGUAUGUAUGAUCUCUCUCUCAUAUUGGCUUUCCAGUGUAGUGGUCACAUUGAUGUAACAAUUGCAUAAAGCCCCUUCAAUGAUAAGUAGAGUUUCCGAAGCAGGAUCAUCCUAGUUUAUGGUGGUUAGAGGCUUGAGCUUGGGUCUCUUUUAUAUUAGAGGCUUUGCAGAGCCAGUCAGUACCUUCCCAUCCCGGGUUGUUAUUAUAAUCAUGAAUUUAUUAUUUAAGUAGCAGCAUACAUAACAAGCAUAUAUUAUAUUCACAAGUAUAUACACAUCACACAUUAAAUAGGGUUCUGCCCCUUCAGGCUUAAAAAUUACUGAAUAUACUUAUACUAUUAUUGAGCUUAUUUAUGCAAUUACAUUAGAUGGGCAUAUAAAGAGGAGUCUGAGGUGAGCAGUGUCGUAUUGCAAGAUAUAAUAUAUGCACUGCAAGUGUGCUGGAAUACAGUAAUACAAAAAAGGAUGCAUUACAGUUGCAAUAUGAAUAUAGUAAUUGCAUAUAACACACUUAAUAUCCAUUUGCCGUGCUAAAGAUUCAUUCUGACUCAACGGUUCAGUUCUGCCCUAUACAGUAUGAGCUGCAGGGGUUAUCCAGUCAUUACUGGGCAUGCUAUUAGUAUGAAUAGGAAAGCCAUGAAACUACAGUAAUAUAUCCAAUGUUUAGUGAAUAGUGCAGGAGUUUAAUUCAUAUAGAAUUCUUGUGCAUUAACUGUAAAAAAUCAUGUUGGAUGCAAAUCAACACCAAUGAUUUCUAUAUAUUUUAAAUGCCUAUUGGUUGCCGUUCAGUAAACUCUAUGCACCGCACAGUGGGGCUCAUUUAUCAACACUGGGCAAAUUUGCCCAUGGGCAGUUACCUAUAGCAACCAAUCAGUGUUAGCAUUUUGAAGCCAUCUGCAAGUAGGACAAUAAAUGCAGCAAUCUGAUUGGUUGUCAUAGGUUACUGCCCAUGGGCAAAUUUGCCCAGUGUUGAUAAAUGACCCCCAGUGUAUUUAGAGCGCCAUUAAGUAUAUAUGGCCAGCUAUUAUGUCAGCAUUCCAAGCAAAAGGGUUGCAUAGGUAAAUUUUAUUAGCAGUAUAACCACUAGCACAUUUUUAUGAUGGGCCAAAUACCUAGCACUUGCUUCAUUGAGUUGUAUAAAACUGUACCCCAAAAGGCUUGGCGGGUUUUGGCAGACUCCUGCAGUGAUUGUUAAUGUGUACAGUAGCAUGCCAAUGUGCUACAAAGUUAUAACAGAAUACAGGGCAACUGUAUGUUUCCAAAUCCCCUCCAUUGCUAUUACAUACAGUAUUUGUGUGCUACACUGUGUGCUCUUUUGAGUUUUACAGUCGUACAGAAAGUUUCAUCCUGGCCACUUUAUUAUUUUUAAACAGUCACCUUCCUUUCUCCCGAGCAUUUCUGAAUCACACGGCUGCAAUUUACGACACUUUUUGCAGAGAAAAAAAAGUUUUCCCCAUGGACCGCCUUAAGCCGACUGGAGAAAUACUUCCCUGUAUACUUUCAAAGUCAAUGUCUGGGUUUAUCUCAGCGGGCUCCUAGAAAUAAUUAUGCCAGCAUGGACUUAUUUUUUAUAUCGUCUCCUUUUACUGACUGAAGGUUAAAACACUGUUUUUCUUUGGUAUCUGAAAAGCACAGUGUGAGAACGGUACAUGUAAUGAAGGAUUUUUGUAAAAAAUGUCCAUCUUAAAGUGCUUUGGCUGAAAUUUUUUUACCUACAGGACCAUCCCUUAGAAUUUACACACACAUACACAUAUAUAUUGUUGUACUACCAAUCUCAGCUUAGCCUUAACAGCUGGUAUCAGUUUGUUGCUCCAAGGUAUGAUAUGCAGAAUAGGGUGCCCUUCUGUAUGAUAUUACAUGCCAUUUAGUCCUAUUUGAUGUUUCCCAUAUGUUGCAGGCUAUAAGAGAUGUUGUGUGGCUACUGCUUUGGUUUGCUAAGAGGGUGUCCCUAAUGUACCCCACAGUAGGACCCAUGAGCUGGGAAGGCUUUUUGUGCACAAAGCACAUGCAACAGUUGUACUUUUAGGCUGAUCCACUAUUAAAACAUAUUUAAAUGGCUAUUUGGGGCAGUAGAUAUAAUGUAAUACAUUAACACUUGCCCACCAUUCUGUACAAGUCACAUAAUUCAUCCAAAUAAUCUAUGCAUUCUAUCUUGCUAUAUAGUGAUGUGUGCCACAGCUUACACAUUAACAUUAACAGCUCACACAUUAACUCAUACCCUGUUAGCCCAAAUAGUUCUGCCAAAUGAAGGCUACACAGGAAUUACUCAAGGGCCCCUCAUUACGUCACACCCAAGUGCUGCCAGUCCUAGAAAAUAAAAACCCAGGUAAGGAAUUGAUGUUUACUUCUGUUACUGACAAUCAGUUAAUAUAUGUGUUUAAAUCAAUAGCACUUACUGGACCCCUAAAUAUGACCUCAUUUGGGCUCCUCCCUUUUCUGCUAUAUUUCUCUACAAAUUUACCAUACAAUAGUAAUGGCUUCCGAUGUUAGCACUGUAAAUACAUAGGAAGUCAUUACUUCCUUUUAGAAGAAUAUUGUAUAAAGGAUAUUGUGGAUUCUUCCACCAUAAAUAGUGGUCUUGGCACACUCACUCUCACUGGACCACCAAUCCAAUAGUAAAGCAUUCCUAGUAACUCUUUGGCAGCUACAAGUAUCCAUGUGGUUUGCAAACAGAGCACUUGCCGGUAGAGAAAACUCAUUAUGUCAUUGGAAUUGUAGUUCAGCAGUACUGCGUGCUGCCAUUGAACUACAGCUCUCUCUAAAGCAGUGGUCCCCAACCAGUAGCUCGCAAGCAACAUGUUGCUCACCAACCCCUUGGAUGUUGCUCCCAGUGGCCUCAAAGCAGGUGCUUAUUUUUCAAUUCCUGGCUUGGAGGCAAGUUUAAGUUGCAAAAAAAACUGGAUUACUGCCAAACAGAACUUCCUCUAGGCUACCAAUGCAUAUAGAGGCUACUAAAUAGCCAAUCACAGCCCUUAUUUGACAUCCCCAUGGACUUGUUCAUGCUUGUCUUGCUCUCCAACUCUUUUUACAUUUAAAUGUGGCUCGCAAGUAAAAAAAGGUUGAGGACCCCUGCUCUAAAGGCUCGGAUACCACAGAUUUUAAGUGAGAUAGUGUUGCAUAACAUUCACCACUGUUGCUAUAGUUUUAUUUAAUUUUUUUAUGCAAAUUGACAACAAUUUUAAUGGAAUUGUAUUAUAUUGCACAUUAAAGUCUGAUAUAACAAAUAUUUCAGUUUUUAUGUAAGUUAUGUAGCUUUGUUUAUUCUGAUUUAGCAAGCACUCUUAUCUCUUCUACUCUCCUAGCAAAGAGGCAUAACCAGACAGCAGUGCCAUAAAGCUAAAUAAGCGGCCAAGAGUGUGUGUGAGCUUUGUUUCCAAUUGUAUAAAGCUAAAUGAGCCUUUUAGAUAAAGAAGAUAUAGAACAGCUUCAUUUAGGAAAGCAAGUGAAAAGUACAAGGUGCUUGAAUCCUAGGGAGCCUGGAAGUACCCUGCCUUGAGGAUGUGCUAUUACGUGUUUUAGCAAAUUACCUUCUGAGCUGCUGCAGCCUCUGCUACCCAUGAACCUAUAAUUUCUUGCAAAAGAAAAAGACAUUUCUUGACUGUCACGUUCAAGAGGAACUCAUUAUACAUUAAUUAUUUCUCUUCAGUGAUAUUAAAGUUAUCUGCAAAUGCAAUAUAUCUUCCCUUCUCUGCUUGUUUUUUUACUACUUUUCCAAUUAAACAGCUUUAUCAGCUCACCUCUAACCAAGACUCCAGCUCCCACAAAUGCCUUGUGUUGUCAUUAACAGACCAGGAAUAACGGGUGUGCAAGGCAUUGUGGGAACUGUAGUGUCGGCUUGAGGAGAGCGGAUAUAGGCUACAUUGUUUUCUUAGUCAGGUUAGCAGUGAAAGGAAUAGUAAAGCACAGACAGAUGCUGUAAUCAAUAGAAAUUACAUUUACAAAUAAAGGCCAAAAAUAUGGAUGGGCAUUUCCUUUGAAAUUGAGAUAUCUGGUACUGAGGUAUAUUGGGUUAUGCACCUCAAAAUGUGUAUGCAAGUAUGAAAUUUUUUUUUUAUAUAUACACACACAACAGGUAUUUGAGUAAUCUGUUCCCUUGAAAAAACAGUGGCCGCACAGGCAGAAUAACCAGGCACGUCACUCUUGGAAACAUGUAUUUAAUGUUACGCAUCCUGAUCCUCACAGAACAGAGCCGGCAGAAAAUAGAUUAACUAAAGGGCAUACAUUUCUCUAAAAUAAAAAAAACCCUUUCUUUCAAAACAACCAGAGAAGCCAUUGAUUUCAGUGCGUGCAUGAGUGAGUGGGAAAUCAGACUCCAGCAUGGAACUGCAAAGGGAAUGUCAUUUUCCCAGCCUAAAAGAUUCCUUUGGCACCUGACAAACACCAUUUCCCAGCUGGAAGAGGCAGUAAGUACAACUCAGGGACAUGGAAAGACAAUACAUUAUUUAUUAUAGAGCAGAAACACUUUGCUGAACAUGGAUUUCUCAUUUCCCAGCAGCCUGUUUAGUCUUGUUUCUGACUCUGCAGCAAUAGGAAAUGAGAUGUGUCUGCGAGCCAAAGGCUUCCUUCGAGGGAUUAAAAGCACAAUGUUAAAGAGUGGUUACCUUGUCAUUUGCCGCCUGCCCCCGCACUAAAUAUGUGACAGACUUGAUUCCUUGUAUAAAUAAAAUCUGUUGGUUUUUUUUUUAA